AUGGAUCGUCUUCACGUUCCAAUCAUGGCAGAUUCUCUUCUCUCCUCCAUCGCCACUCUUCACACAACCAAGAUAAUCGUCACAAAUCCAACCAAGUACUCCUUCAUUCGAUCCAUUCCUGAAACCAUGCUUGCUUGUGUCUCUGCAAUGAGUAAUGUUCUACAACAAUAUCAAAAGAUUCCGUCUUCGGGUCCAAGGGAGCUAACGCCAGCCAUGGUUCGCUCCAUUGAAGAAGCUGACAAGCCAGGGAAAAGAAAAAAGAAAACUGACACCCAAAAAGAGACGCAUGUUUCCAAACCAACCAAGGGGCAAACCCCUAAGAAGCGAAAGUCUGACAAGGCUGCUCCAUCCCAAUCUCAACCGAAGAAGCAGAAGAAGCCUGCUAAGAAGCUUAUACUCCAAUCUUCCAGUGAUUCAGACUCAUACUCUGAUGAUGAGGCUUCGGGUCGAGGUGAUACUCCACCUCGCUCCCCUAACCCAGAAAAUCCAGUUCGCUCCCAGCCUCCUUCUCCUCCACCUAUUAUCAUCCCAGUAUCCAUCCCUCCAAUAUUUCCUAUCACAACCACUCAACCAUCUACCACUAUUCCCAUCCCUACUCCUAUACUCACAGACACUACUACCACCACUACUACCACAGGGGCUCAUUCUACAGCUACCACUCCACCCGUUACAACCGAACCACUAGUAACAACCGAACCACCAACCACUACCAAACCCUUAUCUCCUACUCCAUCUACAGACACCACCCCAGUUCUAGGCGGUGAGGACUUGGAAUUUGAUUCCACUUAUUUUAGUCCUUACCAUGUACAUAGUGAUGAAGAUGAUGAUGAGCCUGUUACGAAGUGUCAUCUCAAAGUAGUAAACGACAAACUCGAUCAACUGCUUUCCUCCUCUUCCUCUGGGGCUUACUCUGAAGCUGCUUUAAAGGCUUUGUUCUCAUCUGUCGUUCAAGAACACAGUGCCUCGCUCUCUGCUGCAGCUAAGGCUAUAGAAGCCUCCACUUCUCAAUGUCAGCAAGCCUCCCUCGCUAUUGAGGUUUCCACCAAGGAGUGCAAGGAACCGACCGCAAUAGUCGAUAAACUAGUUUCUGAGGCUCACUCAUUUAUAGAUUCUUUGCAUGCGGUUGCUAAGAAGAAUGCUCAAACUGUCAAUGAUUCGGUGGAUAACCUUCAACGUUCCCUACAAUCUUAA